CUUUCAUAUACAUCCGUGGCCCCCUUCUUUUUAUAUUCCCUUUCCUCUUCACACCAAAAUCACCACGCUCUCUCCCCCUCACUCAAACGGUCUCAAUUUUCACUAAUUUCAUAGCGAGCGAUAAAAUGGGUCAGAUCCAGUACUCCGAGAAAUACUUCGAUGAUACCUUCGAAUAUAGGCAUGUGGUUCUACCUCCAGAAGUUGCUAAGCUUCUUCCCAAGAAUCGUCUUCUCACUGAAACUGAAUGGCGUGCAAUGGGUGUGCAACAGAGCCGAGGAUGGGUGCACUAUGCGAUUCACCGACCUGAACCUCAUAUCAUGCUGUUUAGGAGGCCUCUAAACUACCAGCAGAAUCAAGAAAAUCAAGCUCAGCCAACCCUUGUUGCCAAGUGAAGCUGCGCUGGUAUCACUCAAGUCCUGAUAAUCUUUUUAGUAUGAACCAGCAUAUCAUUUCCUCUAGAAAUGAAUUAAUGAAGUAUAUGUUUGACCUUUUUAAUCUGUUGUUUGUUGCCCUUAUCUCAUAGUUUGAGAAAGUAUUUUCAUUUGCUGUAGUGAAUUUGAUCUAAAAAGUCUUGGUUGUGAUGUUAA